AUGAAAAACAAUACUAAUAAUAGCAAUAUUGGUAGUAGCAAUGGUAAUACCAACUCUACUACCACUGCUGCUUCUAGCGAAGAGAAAAACACACAAAUAUUUGUAACAGAUUCCCAGGUCCCAGUAUCCACAUCAUCCUUGGAUAACUUUUCCAUGAUCAAUGAUGAUAAAUUAUCAUUAUCAAAUAAUCAAGCCAUAGAUAAGGACAAUUAUACAAUCCAAUCUGAUCUUGUCCUUGACGAUGAUUCGUCGAAUGCAUCAUCUUCUGUGGCUAAACCACACAAGAGGAAGUUUAACAUAGAGAUUAAGAAUAAAAGAAUAAAAAAUUGGAUCGAUUCAUUUAAACCACCUGAAGAAUGUAUGGAAUCUGAAUUAGAAUUGAAUUCUAUUGAUGAAAAUGGUCAUAGAGAAAAACCAAGAGCUCAAUUGAAGAAAACCAUGAAAUCAAGACAUGUUGUUAUGAUGUCUUUGGGUACUGGUAUUGGUACUGGUCUUUUAGUCUCUAAUGCAUCAUGUCUUUCAUUAAGUGGUCCUGCUCCUUUGGUUAUUGGUUAUGGUCUUGUCUCAAUCAUUACAUAUUUAUUGAUUCAAGCAGCUGGUGAAAUGGGUGUUGCGUAUCCAACUUUACCUGGUAAUUUCAACACUUAUAUAUCUACUUUCCUUUCUAGACCUAUUGGGUUUGCCACUAUUUGGUUAUCAUCUAUUCAAUGGUUAACUGUGGUUCCCUUGGAACUGAUUGCUGCUUCGAUGACUAUUAAAUAUUGGACCACUUCUAUUAGUCCCGAUGUAUUUGUUGUUAUCUUUUAUGUUUUCUUAAAUUUCAUUCAUUUCUUUGGGACCGCUGCAUAUGGUGAAACUGAAUUUAUCUUUAAUCUUUGUAAGAUUUUAAUGAUUAUUGGGUUUAUCAUUUUAUCUAUUGUUAUCAAUUGUGGUGGUGCAGGUCAUGAUGGUUAUAUUGGUGGUAAAUAUUGGCAUACUCCAGGUGCAUUUGUUGGUAAGAAUUCUGCUUCUAGAUUUAAAGAUGUUUGUUAUAUUUUAGUAACAGCCUUUUUCUCGUAUGGUGGUACUGAAUUAUUCGUAUUGACUAUUAAUGAACAACCAAACCCAAGAAAAUCGACACCUACUGCAGCAAAGACCACUAUUUAUCGUAUUUUAAUCGUUUACUUAUUGACAAUGAUCUUGUUAGGGUUUAACGUUCCAUAUGAUAAUAAGAAUUUAUUUAGUGCGACUUCAAGUAAUGGUGAUUCCAUUUCUAUUUCACCAUAUGUUCUUGCUGCUUCCAUCCAUGGUGUUAAAGUGGUUCCACAUUUCAUUAACGCAGUUGUUUUAAUUGCAUUAAUUUCUGUUGCUAAUUCUGCCACAUAUGCAGCACCAAGAAUGAUGGCAUCAUUAGCUCAACAAGGGAUGGCUCCAAAAUUUUUGGCUUAUAUUGAUAGAGAAGGUAGACCUAUUUAUGGUUUAUUAAUAUGUUCAUUAUUGGGUGUUAUUGGGUUUGCUGCGGCAUCAGAUAAGGAACAAGAAGUGUUUGUCUGGUUAGCUGCUAUUGCCGGGUUAGCCACACUUUUCUUAUGGGAAUGUUUCUUUUUAUCUCAUAUUAGAUUCAGAUGGGCCAUGAAAGUUCAAGGUAAAGAUAUCAAUGAAGUUGGUUACAAGGCUGCGUGUGGUAUUUGGGGGUCAAUUAUUGGUGCCUGUUUCAACGUGUUGGUGUUGAUAGCCAAUUUCUGGGUUUCAUUAACUCCACCAGGUCAAGGUAGUAAUGUUUCUGCCAAGAAUUUUUUCGAACAAAUGUUGGCAUUACCAAUUUGGAUUUUCUUUGCUGUUGGGUAUAUGGUAAUUAAGAAGGAUUGGGUUAUUUGGAAUCCAAUUGAAAGUAUAGAUUUAGAUUAUUGUAGAAAGAUAUAUGAUCCUGAACAAUUGAAAAGAGAAGAUGAAGAGAAUAGAGAAAGAAUUAGAAAUGCAGGGUUCUGGGCCAGAUGCCGCGCUUUCUGGUGUUGA